CCUGCAUAACUACAUAUCUCUCUCUCUCUGUCUCUCUAAAUUGUAUUCCUUUGCAAAUAUAAAACAAGUUCUUUAUCUCGAAAUUUUUAGAGAGAAAUAAAAUGCAGGGGAUGUGAAGCCCGGGCCGCCAUUGAAGACAGUUGAAGCUUUGACGAAUUUUGAAGCAAAUUCUGCAGUUUUUUUGUUCUUUUAAGCUUUGGUUUCGGAGGUCGGGAGGUGAAGAUUCGGAUUGAGAGUUUAAGUCUGGACAGAUCAAAGGAGUGAUGCUCUAAUCAGGGAAGUUCGCAAUACUUCUUCACAUUAUCUUUGAAUAAGCCAUAGUGUUUAUCCAUGGGAAACGAUGAUGAUGCAAAGUCUGUUAAAUCUGAAAAAUCAUAUUCGCCUCUGCCGGCAGAUCAGGCGAAUCCUAACAAUCAGACCAAUCUGCAUGUCUAUCCUGAUUGGGCAGCCAUGCAGGCUUAUUAUGGUCCGAGAGUUGCUCUCCCUCCAUAUUACAACUCAGCUAUGGCUUCUGGCCACCCUCCUCAUCCCUAUAUGUGGCCCCCACCACAGCAUAUGAUGCCACCCUAUGGGGCGCCUUAUGCAGUAUACUCGCAUGGAGGUGUUUAUGCACAUCCGGCAGUUCCUCUUGCAUCCCAUGGUCAAGGGGGUCCAUCCUUACCUGCUGCUGUGACUCCUUUGAAUAUGGAAACACCAACAAAGUCAUCUGGUAAUACAGACUGUGGGUUAAUGAAAAAGUUGAAAGGAUUUGAUGGGCUUGCAAUGUCAAUAGGCAGUGGUAAUGUUAUGAAUGCCGUAGGUGGAGCUGAGCGUAGUCUCUCCCAGAGUUCUGGGACUGAAGGUUCUAGCAAUGGAAGUGAUGGGAAUACUGCUGCGGCAAAUCAAACCAGAAGAAAAAGAAGUCGUGAGGGAACACCAGCCACUGCUGGAGAAGGGAAGACUGACAUGCAGCCUGGACCAGCUGAGGAGGCAAGUGCAGCUACUGAUAAAGUGUUGGGUGUAACUCUUGCUGCUGUUAGUAUCCCGGGAAAAUUGGUUGGACCAGCUGUUUCUCCUGGCAUGACCACAGCGUUGGAACUCAAGAACUCGCCUAUCUUGAACUCGAAGACAAGUCCUACCAGUGUUCCGCAAUCCUGUGCAGUUUUGCCUCCGGAAACCUGGAUACAUAAUGACCGGGAGAUAAAACGGGAAAGGAGGAAGCAAUCUAAUCGGGAAUCUGCUAGAAGAUCCAGGUUGAGGAAGCAGGCUGAGACUGAAGAACUUGCACGAAAGGUCGAGGCCUUAUCUGCAGAUAAUGUGGCACUGAAAUCUGAAAUAAACCGGUUAACCGAGAAUUCUGCUACACUGAGGCUAGAAAACACUACAUUACUGGAUAAACUCAAAAACGCACGCGUAGGAAGAAUGGAAGACAUCAUCAUGAACAUUGAUGACAAGAGGGUCCAACCUUUCAGUACCGAGAACCUACUGUCAAGAGUUAACAACGCAGGUUCUAUUGCGAGGGAUGCUGAGAAAGACAGUGACACUUACGAGAAAAACAAUGGGACGAAGCUGCACCAACUCCUGGAUGCGAGUCCAAGGGCCGAUGCAGUCGUUGCUGGCUGAUCAUCGACCGGUAAUUGGCACAGUUUAUUUAGUUACGUAGUUUUGGCAUAUUACAAGCCCAAAAUUACUGCUAACAAGAAGCAGGAGAAAGCGACAGCUGAGCCGGAUCGGAAUCGCGGUGAAAGCUGAGGCUCUAAUUUUUACUGUAUGGUUAGUUAUCUCAUGGAAGAAGUAAUGGCUUCUUUGUAUUUGAAUUUAAUGUUAUGAGUUGAAAGACUAGAAUUCAGAUGUGCUGGAAUGGCCACUGAAAGGUGAUGUACAUUGAAGGGUGUAGAGAUUUAGUAUAGAACCGCCUUCCUUAAUUGUAUGCGUGUGGGUGUGAUGUAAACUUAAUUAACAGUAAUGUGAUGACACUGCAAUGUCGAUGUAUGGUUUUAUUUGUAA